AAGUAUAAAGCCUGAGAUCAAAGUUCAUAUUGGUCUGUGUAAUGAUUUAUAUCUCAAGAGAUCACCAUAUACUAAAAGGGAAAAUGAGACUGUAGCUGCAUGUGAAAGCAGACUUACUAUAUUUUGGUCAGUUCAGAUGCCUUGUAGGUCUGAAUCUGUAUGGUCUUUGACCCCAGGGCAUUGGCAUUCAGUUAUUCCUCACACGGCACAGUCGUUAAGUGAAUGAGGAAUUCAAUGCACUUAGGACUGCAUUGCUGAGUUUGAGGAAGCAAACAAUUAGGGAUGAAGCUUUUCAGUGUGACUCUACUGAUUUUUUCUGGUUUUAUGAAGACCACAUCAGCGCAUUUGAAAGUAGUUGGUCCAGCUGCUCCCCUUGUUGCUGAAGCUGGUGAAGACAUGGUGCUACCCUGUUCUAUCCAGCCUAAUAUCAGUGCUGAGGACAUGACGGUGGAGUGGUUCAGGCUGCAUCUGACAGAUACAAUAGUGCAUCUCUAUGAGGCUUAUGAAGACAAAAAUGAGAAGCAGGUGGAGUCAUACAGAGGGAGAACAGCUCUGUUUAAAGAAGAGCUGCAGAAAGGCAACACCUCGCUGAAACUCUCAAAGGUCCAACCAUCCGAUGAAGGAGGUUACAAGUGUUUUGUUGAGUCCAGCUCCUGGUAUGAUGACGUAACUCUUUAUGUUGAAGUUAAAGGAAAGGGUUUUCAUGCUUGGAAGAUUGCAAUCAUCUGCAUUUCUGUUUUUUCCAUCAUAUUAAUUUCAGUCACAGCUUUCAUCUUACAAGAUAAAUUCUCAGAAAAGAAGCUUUCUCCUGCACAGUGUUCAGCCAUAGCCUACAUGCGGCUCAAGUCAGAGUAUGUGCGGAAAGAGUUGGAUUUGAAGAAAUACAACACAUCAGAGGAAGGUUACAAGAGACUGAUCCCAGCUAUAACAAACUGCAGAAAAGCUCAAUUAGCUGGGUGUAAUCUCUCUGGACUGUCAAUUGAAACUUUGAGUGCAACUCUACAAUCAGCAAACUUAUCUCUGAAGAACCUGGACCUCAGUAACACCAACUUGCAAGAAUCAGUGGUGCAGCUCUCUGCUGGACUGAAGAGUUCACACUGUAAAGUGGAAAUACUCAAACUUGCUAAGUGUAAACUUGGCAAACAGUCUUGUGACAUCCUGCUGUCAGUUUUACAAACAGAAAACUCUUCCUUAAAAGAACUGGAUCUCAAUAGCAAUGACCUGCAUGAUUUAGGAGUGGAUUCAUUCUCUGAUGGACUGAAAAGUUCAAAUUGUAAGCUGGAGAUACUCAGGUUAGGCUGCUGUAAUCUCACUUUAGAGUCUUGCAAAUCUCUCGCAUCAGCUCUACAAAUAGAAACUUCCUCUCUGAAAUGUCUGGAUCUCAGUAACAAUGACCUGCAGGAUUCAGGAGUGGAGCAACUUUCUGUGGGACUGAAAAGCUCGCACUGUAAACUGGAAAUACUCAGAUUAGCCAUCUGUGGACUCACUGUGGAAUCUUGUAAAUCCCUUGCAUCAGCUCUGCAAACAGAAAAUUCCUCCCUGAAAGAUCUAGACGUCAGUAACAAUAACUUGCAGGAUUCAGGAGUAGAGCAACUCUCUGCUGGACUGAAGAGUUCGCACUGUAAACUGGAGAUACUUAGUUUAGCCAUCUGUAAUCUCACUAUGGAGUCUUGCAAAUUUCUCACAUCAGCUGUACAAACAGAAAACACCUCCCUGAAAGAACUGGACCUCAGUUACAAUGAGCUGCAAGAUUCAGGAGUAAACCUACUUGCUUCUGGACUGAAAAGUUCAAACUGCAAACUGAAGAUGCUCAGACUAGCUUUGUGUCAUCUUGAAGAAAAAUCUUGCAAAUAUCUGGGAUCAGCAUUAAAACUGGCAAACUCUUCCCUGAAAGAUUUGGAUCUCAGCAGCAAUGACUUGCAGGAUUCAGGAGUUGAACUGCUCUCUGAUGGACUAAAGAGUUCAAAUUGCAAACUCGAGAUACUCAGAUUGUCUGGUUGUUUGAUCACAGAGAAAGGCUGUUCUUCUCUGGCUUCAGCUCUGAGUUCAAACCCCUCACACCUGAAAGAACUGGAUCUGACAUACAACCACCCAGGAGACUCAGGGAAGAAGGUGCUCUCUGCUAGACUGAAGGAUCCAUGCUGCAGACUGGAGACACUCAGGUUGGACCAUGUUGGGAAGAUCAGAAUCAAACCAGGAAUGAGAAAAUAUGUCUGUGAGCUCACACUGGACCCAAACACAGCACACACACACCUCUCUCUGUCUGAGGGUAACAGAAGGGUGACAUGGGUGAAAGAGCAGCAGGAGUAUCCUGAUCAUCCAGAGAGAUUUGAUGUCUGGAGUCAGGUGCUGUGUAGAGAGAGUCUGACUGGACGCUGUUACUGGGAGGCUGAGUGGAGUGAGAAAGCUAUUAUAGCAGUGGCAUAUAAAACAAUCAGCAGGAAAGGAGGCCAUUAUGACUGUGGCUUUGGAGGCAAUGAAAAGUCCUGGCGUCUGCACUGCUCUAGUAACAGUUACUCUGUCUGUCACAAUAAGAAUGGAGCUUCAAUACAUGCCCCACCAUCCUGCACCAACAGAGUGGGAGUGUAUUUGGACUGUCCAGCCAGCAUUCUGUCCUUCUACAGCAUCUCCUCUGAUACACAAACACUGACCCACUUACACACAUUCCACCCCACGUUCACUGAGCCUGUCUAUGCAGGGUUUAGGCUUUAUCCUGACUCCUCGGUGUGCUUGCCUGUGUGUGAGACAGAAGAGCCUACUGAGUCCUGGAGGAAAAGCUGAGUCUUCGGGGAAAUACAAACAACUUCGUCGUCUGCUCCUAAUGACUCUCUGGACUCCCAUAAUUCCCCAGACCAACACAUCAUAGACACAUGCCCUCCAUUACCCAAACACGGACAGCUUCAUAGAAGCAAUGAAUAUUGAUUUCAUUCAUCUGUGUUUUACUGUCUAGUUUUGU